CUGUUUUAUACUUCUGAGUUUCGUGCUCUCUGCCAACAAUCCCAAACAACCCUCUAAUACAAUGCACGUCUCCAACCUCGUCGCUCUCGCUGCCCUCGCCGGCUCUGCCGCUGCCCUCACCAUCAACACUCCUGCUUCUAUUGUCGAGUGCCAACCUGCUUCUAUCACUUUCAGCGAUGGUACCUCUCCUUACAUCCUUGCCGCCAUUCCCGGUGGUCAGGUGUCUGCUGCUGCCAUUGAAACCAUUAACGACAGCCUUACCACUUCUCCUUACACUUGGACCGUCAACCUCGCUGCUGGCACCAACAUCACCUUAAAAAUAACUGAUGCCACCGGUACCAUUGCCUACUCUUCUCCCAUCGUGGUCCAGGCUGGUUCUUCCCAGUCCUGCAUCAACGCCACUGCCUCCACCAGCGGCCUUUCUACCGCUGCCGUCACCACCACCGCCAGUGACACCAGCGCUGCCGGUGGCGGCGCUGCCACCACCUCUGCUUCUGAAUCUUCCUCCAGCUCUUCUGCCGCUCAGUCUUCUUCCGAGGCCAGCUCUGCUGCUGCUUCUUCUUCUUCUUCCGCCUCUUCUGCUGCCUCCACUACCGCCGCUUCUUCCACCGGGGCCGCUUCUUCUGCCACCUCUGCCGCUGCCACCUCUGCCAGCGGCACUUCUGGCGCUUUCGCCAACGCCGUCGUCGGCGUUCCUGCCCUUGUUGCCGGUCUCUUCGCCGGUGUCGCCGCCCUCCUCUAAAUGGACACCUAAUCUUAUUUUUUUGGCCGAACCAAAUACGUCGAAAUAUAGCUUCAUAACCUCAGUCUUUGUCUUCCGUAGUGUGCGGUAGCCAGGGACGUUCCCUUGUUCUUUAUGCCAUUAUAUAUUGUCAUGUCACCCUAAUAUGUCGGCGAAGUUGUGCCAUGCAUUACUUCAAAGCCGCGUGUCUUGACUUGUUUGGACGAUGUAAUUCACGUGCGAAUGGUCGAUACGAAAAGAAACGCCAAGGAGAGAUUCAUCUCCGCCAAGAACAGUCGCGUGAACAAGGAACGACCGGUAACUACUUUUUUUAUCUUUUAUCAUGGAUGUUCCAUUCCAGAGUCU